AUGGCGCGCUACCGUGCAAGAGAGCCGCUGGCCGGGCAAAAUCGGCCAGAAAAUGGAAAAGGGCGCGUGCCCAUGAUGAUGAUAGAUCCGACUCGGAUCAGAGGGAGGAGUCGUGCUCGGAUGCCCAUGAGUACACCUCUUAUGAGGAAGGGGGCUCCGAUGCUGAGGCAGGGUCUGACGCUGAGGUGCUACCUCCGGGCGAGGG